CAGAAACCUUUUCGAAGGGAGUUCGCCCGAGUGUGCAGCACGUCCUUUUUGGAAUUGUGCGCCCGUUAGGUUUGGGGUUAGCCGAAACCCUUGGUUACAUUCUUGGUGCUGGACCUCUGCAAAGUGAGUCCGCCCGUGAGAGUCUGUGCGCUGAACCCUUUUUGAAGUGAGUUCGCCAGUAAGACUGAUCCGUUUCCCCUCUGUGUGGAUCCAGGUGACGGCCGCCAGGACGAGCGCCGCGACAGGGACGACCGUCGUGACAGAGACGACCGCCGCAGAGACCGCCGUUGGGACGAUCGCGAGGAGUACCAGCGCGGACGUGGAGGCGGGUGGCGUGGACGUGGCCGUGGCCGUGGCCGCGGGCGUGACCGCAACGACGACGGAGAGCGCCGUAACCGUGACCAGAACGGAGGUCGCGGCAGGGGGGAAGAAUUUGGAUGAGAAUGACUACUUCUACUUCCUCGUCGAGCUGACCGCCGGUCAGGCUCGCGAUCGCGCCGGCGAGCUAGAGACUCGCAUGGCCGACGAUCUCGAUAAGCGGAAUGAAGCGCGCCGUCGUGCAUACGAGCGCGAGCUCGCCGAAUAUGAACGGGAGCAUGAGCGAUAUGAUGCGAUGGAAGCGACCGAGAGCGCGGCCCUGCCCGAGCCGGUCAAACCAGAGCGGCCGAAGGCCCUCCUGGUAUACGAUAGCCCAGUCGAGCAGUUCUGGGCCAUGAUCAAGGACCUCUUUCCAGAGAAGUCCACUGCCCGGAUCAACGAAUUCAACACCUUCAAGAUGCAGCCGAAUGAGAGCAUGUCGAGCCUCACGCAGAGGAUGAAGACGCUCAUGACGGUCCUACAGAGGCCCGAGGGCAUGGCCGCCCAGAAGCUGCUAGAUGCGAUCGAGCCGAAGCCGUUCCGCGCAGAGGUUCGACGGGUCGUUUGGGCCGAGGAUACAGGCGACGAUGACUUAUCAGUCGAUCAGAUCAGCCGAGUGGCAAUCCGCCUUGAGAAGAAGCGAUGCACCGAAGCGCUCUGGAGCUCAGCGUCGCAGCCGAGCACCCAUGAUGCAGCACGUGGUGCACCCGCUAGGUCGACGGCCGUCGACAGGCCCGUAGACAACCGCGUAUGCCACAAUUGCGGCAAGACAGGUCAUAUCGCCAGGAACUGCCGGUCGCCACCGCAGAAGGGCCAUAUAGCGCCCAUGGUUCAGGCCAACGCGGCCGCAGCGCCGCAGCGCGGCGGCUCAGGAAAGAACGAGAAGGCCCCGGCCGCUCCGAAGACCGAGCCGCGGGACCCUGGCGCACCAACCAUGGAAGAGCUUCAGGAGCUUUGGGACGCCCACUAUGGACGCGUCGCCGGAUACGGCGCGUGCAUAGUGUCCGCGCAUGCCGCCACGCGAACCACUAACCAGCAGAUUAGCAGUAGCCGGGUUGCCGCCCCACGCGAGGCGGCCCCCAAGGUGCACACGGGCCUUACACGACAGGCCCCUAAGAACGAACGGCUUCGUGGUCGCCUUGCCGACAUGCCGCUGGGCUUUUUGCCCAAGGACUUCAUCAGGACAUCUAGUCCGCCUAUGCCCGAGCCUGCCGAGCCAUCCGAGGUUGAGCAGAGCGCUGGGCCGGAUCUCUUACAGACAGCCGCGCCGGAGGAAACCGCGCAGGCUAAGGGAAAGGAGAAGGAGAUUACAGGAGAUGUUGCUAAGAGCGCAGCCACGGGGACAGCCAGGACUCGGCUUCUGCCCCAGGGCUUUGAGGAACUUCCGCCGGACGAUCCACGCCGGCAGGGAGUCAUUUACGGGCCGACUGCCCCAGUGGACACUGCGCCCGCUCUGACCGAGGCCGACCAGGCGCCUGCCGCCUUGGAUCCGCCCAACGAGCCGGCUGCAGACGACAUCUAUGAUGCGGAUAACCCCCGUAUCGGCGCGCUCCUAGGGAAGCUCCCAGGGGCGUACCACAGUGAUCCGACCGCCGGGUUCCACCGUUCCCCGCGGAUUGACAACUCUGGACCGCAGCCGGCCCUUCUGGUGAAUGGGCGCACGGUGUCAAACAUGAUUCUGGAUUCUGGUGCGGAGGCCGUCAUCACUGGCCCCUCCGGUGCCAAGGCAAUGGGGAUUACCCCUGACAUGAUUCGCCGCAGAGCGGUGGUGAUCCGCGGCGCGACGGGACAGCUGUCCGACCGUCUCGACCGUACAUCUGAGCCGGUCAGCUUCGAGCUGAACCCGGGGACACCAGACGCCGUCACCGUGAUGGCGCACGUUGUGAUUGCCACCCACGAGCUACCUGACACCCUGAUCGGGAUGAGCGUCAUGGGGCCGGCUAGCAUCAUUCCGAACCCCCGCAAGCAGCGGGUGAAGUACUAUGUGAACCCGGAUACAGCCAGUGAGCGGAGUGCGUACCUUCGGUGUACAUUCCCGAUUGAGUACGGUCGCUCGCCGCUGCAUGCCUACGCGGCAGGAAUCCGCGGAUACGUUGCAGCAGUUAUGCCGUUGCACAUCAAGACACCUAUCUCGCAUCUGGAAGCGCAGACCGCUCGACGCCGGCUGGAUCAGUACAAUACUGAGCUAAUGACAGCCACGACAGAUAUCUUCGACCGCAGCGUGCGCGCGCUUGCGAUGCCGGCUGCUCCGCCGCGGCCUAUCAGGAACCCCGCGUUCCAGUGCCUGCGACCCCUGGACCAGAGUCUGAUCGACCGACGGGCCGUCUUGGACGUUUCUGGGCCGGGCCUGGUAGUUAUUGAGCUAUUCAGCGGCCUGAUGGCCACCACAGAGGCGCUAGUGCGCAGUGGCCUGAAGGUUCGGAAGGUCUACGCUUGCGAGCUAGAUAAAUCGGCACAGAAGGUGGCCGAAUUUCGCCUCGGGAAACUUCACGAGAUGUUCCCCGAGCUGCUGAGCACAGAGGCGUUUUUGAACGUCCACGGCGCCCUGCCUGAUAACAUUCAGGAUGUGACGCGCGCCCAUAUCGAGCAUCUAGAGAGACCCGACUUGAUCGUGGCGGGAUUCCCAUGCCAGGGUUUCUCGAAGGCGGGCAGCAACCCCAAGGGUUUGCGCGACCCGCGCACGAAGCUAUUUACGGAGGCCAUCCGCGUCGUGCACACUGUGACCAGUGUCCACGGACCGUGCGCCUACCUGUUCGAGAACGUCGACGCCAGCGAUCAUCCGCAGGCGGACGUGCGCGACGAGUUCAACGACGUCGUCAAGGGCAUUCUAGGCCCAGGAUUCGCGUUCGACGCAGUUGCCGCGGGCUCUCUCGCCCACCGCAACCGGCGCUGGUGGACCAACAUGAUCCCCAGCCCACUGAUGUUAGAGAUGGUCGAAAAGCGCUUCAAGCAGCGCCCCGACUUCCGCCGCGUCCAGGACAUUCUUGAGCCUGGCCGGACCGCACAGGCCGCCCGCCACUCUGGUGCGCCGGGCCGUCACCGCGUGAACCAGACAGGACAGCCGCUCCGGGCUUUGUCCACUUUCGUUACGAUGAGAGGCUCCCACGCGUACCGCGUCGGUGAGCACAGCAUGAUCUGGGCCGCCAACGGCGCCCAGGAGGAACCGACGGCCCUAGAGCGCGAGCGCGCUAUGGGUUUUCUGGAGAACAGCACACAGGUUGGUCCCGCCGUCUCAGAGGCGGACCGCCGGCGCUUGCUGGGUAGCACGAUGGACAUGCAUGCCUUGACCUUCCUGGUCAGCAGCAUUAAGUGCUUCCAGUUCGCGUUCUUCUCGGAUUGA